UUGUAUGCCCAUGGGUGGAGAAGCACUGAAUGCUGGGAUGAGGGCCAGGCAACUAAGGGAGACAGAGUACACAACACAGUACAAGUUAAACCAGAGCUCCCAGUGCGGUGCUUGCAGGGGUGUCUUCCGCCCUCAGAGAGCGUAGCUAAGCUCAGAGCACUUUACCUUAAGCGAGGUCAGAUCUGUAAGAAGCUUGUUUCCAGUAUGAAUCAACAACUCACUCUAAUGGUGGAAUGGGCAAAGAAUCUGCAGGAAUUUCAGCGAUUACCACUCGGUUCCCAAAUAGCUCUGCUUAGGCAUUUCUCUGCACAACAUUUGGUGAUGUGCGCAGCAUUUCGAAGUAUUCAUCUCAAUGAUGCUGUUUGUUUGACAAACGAGACCUGCCUGCCAAGGGACACUCCGAAGGUGCCCGACGUCAAUCGAGUAGCAGCACGAAUAGUUGAUCAUCUGACAACGCCGAUGAGACAGCUUCAGAUGAACGAGAUUGAGUACGUGGCCCUGAAAGCGAUCGCAUUCUUCGAUCCACUCGCGAAAGGCACAGAAGAAUCGCAUCGUGACAUCGAUGACACCCGUCAAAAGUUGCUGGAUUCGUUCGAACGCCACGUGCGACAGGUGUCGCCGCUUCGCGACACUCCUCGCCGCUUCUCAAACCUUCUACUUCUUCUUCCACCGAUGUUAGCUAUCGCUCGUGAUUUGAUUGAAGAUGUACAAAUGGCGAAACUGUUUGGCCUGGCUGCCAUCGAUAGGCUCAUGCAGGAGCUGUUGCUACCUCCCGAUAGCAGCACAGACAAAUUGCCUUGA